AUGGGCGGAGAAAGCCCCGCCAAGGGCGACAAGCACGUCACGUUUUCGUCCGAGCCCGAGGCUUCGCCCGGGCCCAAGAUUCGUCGCCAGCCCACCGGCCUGCCGACCGAGUAUCCCGACGACGACGAGCCCAAAGCUGACAAGCGCGGCGUGGCAUCGAGCACUGAGUCCCUCGAGGUGAGCCUCGCGGCCUGCGAACCCGCGCCCAGCCCGAGUCACCGCGUCCACGCGCGACGCGUCCCGCCAGAUUUCACCGUUGAGAAACGGCCAAAUUCCGCUCGCGCGGACGCUGACCUCCUCCCGAAUCCCUCGCUGCAGACCUCCAUGUCCCGGUACAGGAACACGGGCGCCGACGCACCCGCCUCCGUGGACCCCACCUACGUCGCCAGGCUGGAGCAGGAGCUCGCCGCGCUAAAGGGCUCCAUCGCCGCCAAGGGCGAUCCCCACGGCGCGCUCGACGCCUCCACCCCGGUGACCGCAUCCGCCGCGAGGAAAGCCGCGCGCGGCGCCGCCGUCCUCGCGGACCGGCUCGCGGGGGGCAGAUCCCAGGACGACGACCUCGCCGUCGCCAAGGCGGUCUUCUCCGACGAUAGGCUCGCCAAGUUUGAAGCCGCGCUCGAGCAAAAGUUUAAGGAUUCCGGCGGGUACGACUCCGACCUCGAGCGCGAGCUGGAGGCGGCGGGUGCCACCCCGCUCGAGGUUCGCAAGCUCCGAGCCGCGCGCGCGGACGCCGCGGCCAAGGCUGAGACCGCGUACAGGGCUGCGGAGGACGCCGCGGUCAAGGCGACGUUCGACCAGCAGAACGAGUGGAUGGACGAGUAUCGCGAGGGCGGCGUGAGCAAACCAGCCGCCGCGACUGGCGGCGUCUCCGGGGCUGUCGCGGGUGGUAAGGAGAUCAACGCGGCGCGCGACGCGGUGGACGCCACGCGCGCCGUCCCGCCCGUCGUUCGCGCGAAGGCGGUCUCCGCGCCGAGGACCAGGCGCGCGGUGUCGGCGAGGCCGAGCGGCUCGGGCGGCGUCGACUACCUCGGCGCGGGGGCGGAGCACGGCGACGGCUUACCCCGGCCGGGGGUGAUCGUGCGGCGCAAGACGGCGACGGUGCCCCGGCCGUUCUCGUUCGAGAUGAGGGAUCGGAACAAACCCAAGUCCAUCAGCGAGCAGCGAUUGGAGCAGGACCUGGCGUUCGAGGCUGAGAUGGAACGCGCCGAGCUCGCGAAGCAGUUCAGGGCCAACGACAUCCCUCGACACAUCUUCGAGUCCCGAUACCAGAAGAUGCUCGAGAAGGAGGAGAUGCGAAGGGAGGAGCGCAGGCUGAGUCGACGCGCGGCGCUAGUGGAGACGGAGAGGCCCUUCUCGUUCCACAGCCGGGACGAGCAGAAGAAGAAGGAGGAGGAAGCCGCGGCGAUGGAGCGAGCAAAGAACCGCGCCAAAAAGUUUCAAAAGCCGUUCAAGGCGAAGGACAUCCCGGCGGCGGUCAAGACGCCCAAGCUGGCGGCGCUGGAAGAUGAGGCGCGGCGGCGGAAGGAAGAGGCACGUGCCGCCGCCCUGGCCAAGCUCGCAGAGGCGAAGGCGCCCGCCGCGGCCGAGGUUAAGCACGGCCACGGCACGAGUGACUCGGCGUCGAAGAAGAAGCAGUGGUCGUUUAAGCCUGCGCCCAUGAAGCCGGUGCCCGACUUCGACGCGCUCCACGAUAAAUUCUUCCGCAAGCUUCAGUCCGCGAGGGCGUCUAAGCCCUCGACGGUCCCCGAGGAGUUCAAGCUCCACGAGAAGGACGCCAAGGCUAAAGCCGCAGAGCUCAAGAAGAUCAAGAACGAGAUGAGGCAGGACGAGCACGCUCUCGCCGAGGUUCGAUGGCCGUUUGCGUCGCUGCGCGCCAAGGUCAACUCCAAGCCCCCGCCCGCGUUCAAUCCGCCGAGCGACGAUUUCCUCCGCAAGAACGAGACCCUCGCGACCAAGCUCAGGCGGCAGGCGGUCGUCAAGGCGCGCAAGGAGGGCCACUUCAGCACCAAGGCUGAGAAAGAAGCACUCGAGGCGGCGCAGCGUGAUCGGGAGAACCGGCGGAGGGCGGCCGCCUGGGCCAAGACGCAGACAUCCUUCGCGGGCAAGAAGGCCCUGGACUUUGGCAGGUCCUCGAUGCGCGGCGGUGACCAGCACACGAAGGCGAGGCACGCGCAGCAGGCGAUGCUGGCGAAGGAGACUGUCGAGAAGGUGCUUCUCGAGAACAACGUGUACACGUACGUGGAGGAGGGGUCUGUCGUGUAG